GUGGGAAGUGGAAGUUUUGGACAUGUUGUAGUUGCAAAACAUAAAGUUACUGGAAAGAAGUAUGCUCUCAAAAUGAUCUAUCAAGAUAGUAAUCAUUUGGAAUUAUCUCAAAAGAUGGAAUGGGCCGAGUUUGCAGCCAUUUACUUUUGUGAUCACUUGUCAUUGAUCAAGGUUCAUGAAUGUUACUAUAGAAAUUUAUGUUUUUAUAUGCUAUUGGAUUAUUGUAAUUGUGGAAGUUUGAGAGAUAUCUUAAAGGUAGUGCCAGUGGAAAAUAUCACUGAGAGAAUAUUAUCAGUUAUUGCAGAAAAGGUUUUAAUUGGAUUGGACCAUUUGCAACAAAAUCAUGUCAUUCACAGAGACAUCAAACCUGAAAAUAUUCUUGUAAACUAUGACAAGACAAUUAAGAAGGCUGAGAUUAAAAUUGGAGACUUUGGACUCUGUGGACACAAGAAAUUGGAGACUGGUUCUACAUUUUUCAAGACAGUGAAUGGAACAUUUAUCUAUAGAUCUCCAGAAAGACUUUUAGAGGAUAAUUACAACUAUACAAGUGAUAUUUGGAGUCUGGGAGUGAUGGCUGUAGAGCUCAUAGUUGGAAGUCACCCUCUCAUAGAUAUGGACAUUACUGAUAGUAAUAGAGACAACCUCUAUCAAAUACCAGAAAUUAUAAUGAAUGCUGUAAAUAAUCACAAGUUUGGAAAAAAUUCUGAGAAGGUUCUGAGUGAAGAAUUUAAAAAUUUUGUAAAGAAGUGUUGUGAAUAUGAGCAACAGAAGAGACCAUUUGCUCGUGAAAUGCUCUCACACGCUUGGAUUAAAAAG